UACAGCAGCUAACCCCCAAAUGAAAAAAAAAAGGGAAUGGGGAGCGGUAGAGAAGACAGAGCCUCUCUCAAAAACCCUAAAGUCAAGCCUAAACGCCUCUCCCCAAACAGAGCCGAUACCAAACAGACGAAGAAGAAGAAUGAGAAGUUGCUCAUUAACAAAACCAAGAAGAACAAAGAUGGGGGUUCCCAAAUCAAAACCAAUGAUACCGUCAACAACGAGGUACAGGCGGCAUCAGCCUCCAGCCCGCUUCAGUUUUUCAUAAAUCAAUUACAAUCUGCCAAUGGCGUCCAGCUUUCAUCUCUCGAGCUAGAAUCACUCAACGGUAGCUAUUUCAGUUUACUUAUGGAUGCACGCGUCAUGGAGUUGUCACAAGACUUGGGUCAAGAUGUUGAGUCCCUAGGGAAACACAUGAAGGCAGCUUUUGGCCCAACGUGGAAAAAGACCCUAUGUGAACAGCAGCUUUUGGAAGGGAAAGUGGAGCCUGGGAGUCCAGCUGUUAUUUUUAUUAGUACUUCUGCUUUGAGAUCCAUAGAACUUUUAAGGGGUGUGCGAUCAUUGACAAAAGAAUGCCGAGCUGUGAAGCUGUUCUCAAAGCAUAUGAAGGUUGAAGAGCAGGUGUCCUUAUUAAAGAAUCGUGUUAAUUUUGCUAGUGGCACGCCAAGCAGGAUAAAGAAGCUAAUUGAUAUUGAGGCGUUGGGCCUUUCUCGAUUAACAGUAAUUGUGCUUGACAUGCAUGUAGAUGUCAAGGGUUAUUCCCUGUUUACACUACCGCAAGUCAGAGAUGAAUUCUGGGACCUAUACAAAAACUACUUCCACCAACGACUACUCCAAGGUGAUUUGCGUAUUUGUCUCUUUGGCCCAACGACAUCAGAUGGUAAGUUUAAAUGUAAAAGAAAGACAGUACGUGGUGAAUGAGGAACAGUUUGCUUGAAACAAUUUAAGCUUAAUGUUAAGCGGGUAUCCUUCAAACUUUCUAUCUAGUGCAGGUUAUUUAUUUUUUUUUAAAUGAAAGAGUGUUUUUCAUAUUAUCAAAUUUUUAUAUGAAUUUGGAAGAUAAGCGGGCCAAAUGCAUUUUCUU